GAGAGAGGGGUGGAUAGACUGCAUUUUCUUGGACUUCAAGAAGGUCUUCGACAGCUCUUCACAAGAGGUUAAUGCAAAAGUUAGAGGAUCAUGCACACAACAGGAAAGGCACUGCAAUGGAUCAGAGAAUACCUGACAGAGAAGCAACAACGAGUCAUGGUACUUGACGAGGUGUCAGAGUGGGCGCCUGUGACAAGCGGGGUCCCACAGGGGUUAGUCCUAGGACCAGCGUUGUUUUUGUUAUAUGUAAAUGACAUGAUGGAAGGGAUAAACUUAGAAGUGUCCUUGUUUGCAGAUGAUGUGAAGUUAAUGAGGAGAAUUAAAUCGGUCGAGGAUCAGGCAGGACUGCAAAGAGACCUGGACAGGCUACAAGCCUGGCCCAGCAACUGGCUCCUUGAAUUUAACCCCGCCAAAUGCAAAGUCAUGAAGAUCGGGGGAGGGCAAAGAAAACCGCGGACAGAGUAUAGUCUAGGUGGCCAAAGACUGCAAACCUCGCUCAAGGAAAAAGAUCUUGGGGUGAGUAUAAUACCAAGCACGUCUUCUGAGGCGCACAACCAGAUAACUGCUGCAGCAUAUGGGUGCCUGGCAAACCUGACUAAGGAAUCGUUCAAGACUCUGUACACCGUGUACGUCGGGCCCAUAUUGGAGUAUGCCAUACCAGUUCGGAAUCCACAUCUGGUCAAGCACGUCAAGAAAUUAGAGAAAGUACAAAGGUUUGCAACAAGACUAGUUCCAGAGCUAAGUGAUUGUCCUGCAAGGAAAGGUUAAGGGAAAUCGGCCUGACGACUCUGGAGGACAGGAGGGUCAGGGGAGACAUGAUAACGACAUAUGAAAUACUGCAAAGAAUUGACAAGGUGGACAAAGACAGGAUGUUCCAGAGAUGGGACACAGAAACAAGGUGUCACAAUUGGAAGUUGAAGACUUAGAAGAGUCGAAGGGACUUUAGGAAGUAUUUCUUCAGAGUUGUCGGGUAGUCUAAUAGCCUAGAAAGUGACGUAGUGGAGGCAGGAACCAUACAGGCGGGGCCAGGAGCUGUAAAUCGACCCCUGCAAGCACAUCUAGGGUCUGUGCUACAGAACGUAGAGAACGUCUUCAAGAUCGUAGUGGCACCGAGAACAUCAAUACAUCGGGAUCAAGGCCAUCAAGAACGUACCUUAGGAUUUAUGACUCGGAGUAUCAUCUAAGGAUACCACGUUGAUGAUGUCGAAUCAGCUUGAUAUAGACGCUGGGUGGGAUUUAGCUGUGGUGAAGGAAUACCUCCAGGGAGCCUCGAGUGCGUCCCCGUCUCCCAGGAUCGACCUCAAACAGUUCACAGAAGCCAGUAAUAAGUUCUUCGUGGAGUUCCCCGUCAGCACAGGCAGAGUCAAGUCCCAUCUCAAGAAUGGCAAGGAGGCUCAGAAGCUGGUGCAACACAUCAACAGUGCCCGCCCAGUUCUGCAUCACCGCUGCCUUCCCCUCUUUGCUGCCUUCCUGGAACACAAGAAGAAACAUGGAACGACUCCUGAGAAAUCAGUGUAUGAGGGUAUGGGUUUGGUAGAACUGGUGGAUCGUCUGCUACGUAAGAGACCCGUCACUUUCUUCGGUCGAGAUGACCAAUACCUCCUACGUAACAAGUCUCGAGGUAAAGGAGGCUUUGAGAAGAUUGGCUCAGACCAGGAAAUACUUCCACUGUGUCUAAGGGAUUAUCUCAGCUAUGACGAAAUGAAACUCUCUGCUUUGCUGUCUGUGUCGUCUCAAUCAUUCUUUGUCAAUAAUGGAAGCCGUACGAAUAAGGGGAUUCCAGGAAAUCCUGGUAGUUUCCAGGAAGAAGGUGUUAUUGUUGGAAUAGUUGGUGCCAGGUUAAAGAAGAAAGGUUACAUGGAGUGGCAAGACUGUAUAGUAAGCGAGGACCAGAAUACUGUGCAACAUGGUUACGGGAGUGUGGAAGGAGCACCUCGGCUACAGCACCUAUGGUCACAUAUGUGGAAAGUAACCCUGCCCGAAUGGAAGACUGUUUCAGGACAGGAUGAAAAUAUCUUAAAAUUUAGCAAGCAGAACUACCUCAACAUCCCUGUGUACAAGGCGCGCAUGCAGCUUGCUGCGGAGACUCUCUUGGCUGAGGCCAAGUCUCAAGCCAUGUCAGCAGGUCUAAAGGCUUACAUCCACGUUGUUGGUCUUGGUUUGGGUGUAUGGCGUGCAUGUCACCAGCAAGACGACAUAUUUGUUGACGCUUGGGGAGCAGCUCUCCAUUGUUUUGACACCUCACACAUUGCGCAUGUCGAUUUCAGCUGGAUUGAUGUUAACUCAUGUCGUGGUGUAUGCGACGGAGAGCUUUUUCCAGGAACUAACGUCAUGUUACACUUCUCUAAACGAUCGCUGCAUGACCCUGUGCCCCCGGGGACCUUGCUGGUCACCAGCUAUGCUUGGGACGGCAACUCACUUCCUGGAAAUGAAUUCUGGAUUGGGAAACUAGCUAGUACUGGCGAUGGUGCAGCAGCCUGCUCCACAGGCGUAACUGAGUUACACAACACGCACAUCAACGCCAAUGUUUGUGGGAACAACUUGCAUGUUGCUGGACCCUGGGGAGUGAUGCACGUUGGCGAGUAUUGCAGCCGUGCCCUCAGCCGCAUGCACUAACUCUGCAUCAAACCAGCUGGCUCUGAUGCGAUUCAUCUAACUAGGUAUAUUUUUAGCUGGAUUAAUCUUAUUCGAGCCAUUGUCCCAGUGUUUAAUGCACUGGCCAAGGAUUCAACUCUUACCUGUUCCAUGAUCUAUGUUCUACCAUAUCUCUGCAAGAGGAAUAGGUGAUGCAAAGCCAAGAAGGAGAUCCAAAAUGUAAUUCCACAUUUUCCAGCAUAAAAGACGCACAACAGAAGUAUCAUAAUGGUAAAUCAAUAAUCACACUCAAGGGCUAAUUAUCCUCUUACUUUACACUAAAGCAUAACAAAGCCUACCCUUAACCCUAACCUUGACCAUUUAAGGUGAAGGUUGAUUUUCCAAGACUGUGGGCAAACAGAUGCGCCUUAUAUGCUAGAAAAUAUGGUACUUAGCUGCUACUGCUGCUCAGGCUACAAGUUGGUGCCUGGAUAAUAAAAUAUUUCACCAGAUGAUUUAGUUUUUGUG